AGAUAGAUGAGUUGGAGCAUCAUACUUGUGUUAUUUAACUGUGCAGCUCAUUAAUAAUGAAAUGAAGGUAGAGGAGAAUAUAUAACAAGGAAGAAGUGCCUGAAGUCUUCAGUUAACAAGUGUAGACCUCUCAAUAUGGCCUCAAGCAUGGAACAGCUUCCUCCAAGUUACAGGAGACGAGAUGAACCGGAUUUCAAUCUAAGAGAAUGGGCUCUGAAAGCUCGUAUUAGCAGGGAGAGUACUAAGUCAAGAAGGUAUUCAGCUUCAAAUAUCACUAGUUUCAGAGAAGAUGCUAGGUCUUUUAGAUCAAACGCAACCAUCGCAACCAUCUCUAGCACUGUUUCUUCCCCUGGUUACACCUUAAAAGAUGAGAUUGACCCAUCCACUUACACGUUCACAAGUGCUCUCAAAGCUUUGCAGACAAAAUCAGGAUAUGGUUAUGGUUGGGAAUGCUUGUCACCUGAUGGUUUUGCUCUAAACUCUAAGUGGAAUGAAGCAGAGAAGUAUAUCUGCAACCCACUUUCAGGAGAAUUCCCAAAGGAGUGCUUAUCUGCCAAAACUCUAAGUGGAAGAUCAUUUCCUACUUUAACAAGUAGAUUCACUGUGUCUGGGCCUCUUGUUUACUCCUACCAUAGUCGCCUACCUCAAACCAAGCCUACCACAACACAAGAAGAUGAAACUGAAUUUCCAAAUCAAGACAAGAAAAUGGAAAAUAUGAAUACUGUACAUGUGGGCACUCAAAGUACACCACCUGAUCUCAGCUCAAGUAGUCCAAGCCCAACUUCAACACCUUCCAUUAAAGAGAGACCAUUGAAGUCCUGUGAAGGUGAAGGGGGAGAGUCACCAAACUUCAGCUCAAAACCCAAAUCAGAGGAAGAUCAGAUAGAAGUGAAAGAAUCCAUGGAAGAAACAGAAGAAGGAAAGAAAGAAGAGAGAGAGGAAGAGGAGGAGAAGGAAAAGUGCAAAUGGAGGCAAGGAGGUUGCUUGUCGUGGAGGAGUUUGUGGAGGGGAAGAAGGCAGAGAAGUAAACAAAGACCCAGAUGGCUGGUUUUUUUUGGAAAGAGGAAUAUAUCUAAAAAAGUAGGGAGUGAGAAUUGAAAAAGAAGCUGGGCGGGGGAGAAAGAAAGAAAGAAUUGGGAUUGAGGAGAUUCCAUUAUUCCUUUCUUUCUCUUUUUCAGCAAAAGAUUUUGAAAGUUAGUGGACAGGGAAAUUAAGGGCAAUCAUGAUAGUGCAGAGGUGAAAGGUGGCCUUAUUUUUUGUCUAGUCUAGUUAUGUUUGGCUGUCUGUUUUUUUGGUAAAAUGCUGUGGCUGUCUGUUGUGGGCACUGAAAGCUGACGGUUCACAUGCAAAUGGUAGAGCUUUGGAAGGAAUCUCUCUCUCUCUCUCUCUCCCUCUCUCUCUCUCUCUUAUAUGUGUCUGUGUAUAAGUUCAAAUUUUCAAAAUGUAGACUUGAUGUUUGACUGA